CCCAGCAGUGCCACCCGCAAGCUCCGCCCACCUGUGCCCAGCAGUGCGCCCACUAGCUCCGCCCACCUGUGCCCAGCAGUGCACCCACCUGUGCCCAGCAGUGCACCCACCUCAGUGCCACCCACCUGUGCCCACCCACCUGUGCCCACCAGUGCCACCCACCUAUGCCCACCCACCAGUGCUGCCCACCAGUGCCACCCACCAGUGCUGCCAGUCAGUGCCACCAGUAAGUGCCCAGGGGUUGUGCCAGUCAGUGCCGCCAGUCAGUGCCCAGCAGUGAUGCCAGUCAGUGCCGUCUAUCAGUACCCAUCAUCAGUGUCACCUAUCAGUGCCGCCUAUCAG